UGUUAAUUUUUCGUUAAUGCAUCGAUUAAGUAUGGGAAUAAUUGUAUAUUUCGCUAUAUUGGUUGGAUUGAAGGCUAGAAAUGGCAUUAGUCUUGCCAAUGCUUCGACUAACGAUGCUUUGUCACUUCUAGGAGGAACGCUUCAUCCAAGUUACGACCUAUUCGAUGAGUUGCAGGCUAUACAUCCACAUGUAAACCUGCAUCACCCUAAACAUGAUGCUGCUAAUCAUCAUACAAAACAUGAAAAUGUGACUGAACACCACCAUAAAAGUGAUCAUUCAACUAGGGAUGACACUUUCCCCGAUAAUUCGCAUCAAGGUAUUCAUCAUUCUCAUGCAUCUAACGUCAAUCACCACCAUGCCAACGGUAAACAUCAUAUCGAUGAACACAACCAUCGUCAUGAAGGACGUGAGGAGAAUGAUGAACGUAAGAGGGAAAAACAUCAUAUGAAGCAUGACCAUGAAAAACGUGACUCGGGUUAUAUUCGUCAUCGUAAAUCUAGCUUCUGUCAGAAUAACAACUGUUCUUUAGAGCCGGAUGUUAAGGGAUCUGAAUUUGAUUAUAGUUCGUUCCCUUCGUUCUUGGCCGCUAGUGUACCCGAUAUCUUGGAAAAUCGGAAUUUACUUGGCGCACCUUUUCAAACAACUAUAUUUGCGGUGCCGAAGACGGUGAAACACGAAUCAGACAAGGGUGCCAAAAAGCAUAAACAAAUGACCGAUGACGACGAAGAUGAGGAUUUUGAAGAAGAUGAAGAAGAAGAAGAAGGAGAAGAAAAAAUGGAUGCUAAGACUGAAGGUGUCUCGGAAGAGCACAAAGAUAACGAUGAAGAAUUUGAAGACGAUGAUGACGAUGACUUCGGUGAGGACGAACACGAAAGCACAUCUCAUAAGGAAUCGGACAAGGCUGUAUCAAACGAGUCACAUGUAAAGGAAGGCAUGCGAAAGAAUGCUGAUCAGGUGGUUAGUGGUACUCAUAGUAACCCUGAUAUCCAUGAGAAAAACAUGACACACCCGGGUUGUCCACUGUCUCAUAAUGGAGAAACCCAUGUUAACGGUGUGAAUAAUGCCGUUAGUGUUCCGCACACUAAUGAACAUGCUAAUGCUGUCCAUUCUCAACCAUCUGAUGCAACCAACAAGUUGCCAAUAUGCCCAGUUAACCCGACGGUCCAUACGAAGACGGUAGAAGGAUCGGCUACUAACGUUACUCCAAAUGCAUCUGAACCAAAUUCCCAUGAGAAGGUCAGCGUCCCUACCGGAGAAACUGGUAACGAGGCUUCUAUUAAUGAACAUCACAACGAAAAAAAGGAUGAUGUACCCAAAUCUGCUACAACUUCAACUGAUGAAGAUGAGGAGAUGGACUCUGCUGACAAAGAGGAGGAUGUAGAUGAAGAAGAUGAAAAACUAGAAGAUGAAGAGGCUGAUGAAAAACAUGAUAAGACUGAGUCCCAGGAAUCAUCAGGUUCCAGUGAACAUGCCGAUACUAAGGAAAAUGAGACUAAUGCAAAUUCAUCGAUUGAAGGUACCACUAAUAGUAACGAUACCUCUAAAGAAACGAAGGAGUCAGAAUCCACGUCGAAUGCAUCUGAAGUUAAAAAUGAUAAGCAGGCAGAGUCCACUACUAAGGAGGCCGAAAAUGGCUCCACGGUGGCACGUGCUAUCACUCCUAACUCAUCAGAAAAUGCUGCUGGAGCUUCCAAAACCGCAGUUGUGGGUACUCCGGAUGAUCUCUCGACAUGUGUCCAACCAAUCGCAUCACAAACUGUCGACAAUGAGGUAACGGCAACUGCCACUGCUGUCCCACUGGCGGAAAGUGUUGUUCCACACUGUGAAGGUGUUGAUUCUGAUGAUGGAGCCGCUGCGGCCUAUGGUGAAUCGGGUGAAGUGCAAACAUCUGAGAAUCCUGAUACUAAAUCAUCAGCUUCCAAAGACGACAAUGCGGCACGUGAUGAAGACAAUCAUGAAGCUGCUGAACACCUGGAGGAGAAAGAGGAAGGUGAUGACAAGAAGCAAGAUGGAGUUAAUGAAGAGAAGGAAAACGACGAUGAAGAGGAGGAAGAUGAGGAUGAGGAAGAGGGGGAGUAAGAUUUACCCAUUAAACUUAUCGCAUUUCUAAUUAACUAAUUUAAUCU